GCGGUGGAAUGGAGAAGGAGGCAGCACUCCGAAUCUGGAGUAGAUCCAUCCUGAAGAACGGUCUGCGCUAUAUAUCCAUGAUCAGUGAUGGAGAUGCCAAGACAAUAUCGGCAAUUCAUGAACUUGAUCCGUACCCUGGCAUUGUGGUAGAGAAACAUGAAUGCGUAAAUCAUGUCGGGAAGAGACUUGGGAAAGCCCUCCGUAACAUUGUUAGUGAAAAGUCAAAGCAAAAGGUCACACUUGGUGGUAACGGCCACGGAAAACUGAGGGAAAAGGUGAUUGUCAAGCUGCCGGCCUAUUACACGACUGCCAUCAGGUCCAACAACACGGUGCCUGCAAUGAAAAAUGCCAUUAUGGCAAUCGUAAAUCACUGCUCAUCGACUGACGAGGCUCCCCAACAUCAACUCUGCCCCAGUGGGGAAAGCUCGAGGUGUUUUUUCAGGAAAGCAAAGGCCAGAGGUAUAGAUCCUGGAAGCCACACAGAGAAUUUGGGGACUCCUCUUUGCCAGCUAGUCACUGACAACAUUCGCCCAAUUUUUGAACGGAUGUCAUCCGAAGACCUGCUGAGCCGUUGCAUUCUACAGUCUACUCAGAAUGCCAACGAGAGUGCCCACGCUUCAAUUUGGGCCCGCUGUCCGAAGCAUGUUUUUGCUAACAGAGACAGGCUCAGCAUUGCCGUUUCAAUUGGAGUGUCUGAGUUCAACUUUGGCUCCUCUUCAACGCGGAAGUUCAUGAGAGCUCUGGACUUAGAUGUUAGCGUAGGUACAAUGAAGCGUGGGGUCAAGCGCGACCACACCCGAAUCAGAAAGGCAGAGGAAGCAGUCACAGAAAAGGCUAGGAAAUAUAGACUGUUAAAAGCUGAAGCCAAAGAGAGAGAGGAGCAAAGGCUCCAGGAGAGGUUUGGACAGUUCUAUGAACCUGGUGGAGGUGACUAGAGAGUUGGUGUUUCAAGUAUGCUAUUAUGUGUUGUUGUAUUUUCUGAAAGGAGGGGGGUAGUAUGAAUUUGGAGGGCAAAAGGAAUGUCUAAUUGCUUGUAUUUUAGUAUUUUUUACCAUGAAAUAAUGUAAAAAUGAAUUCUGCUGCCAAAAAAUGAUGUUUUGUAGCAAACACAAGUUUCACAAUUUUGUGGUGAACGGGGAAAAUCUUUAUUCUCAUUUUUCUCAAAAUGGCCCGUAUUGAUAAUUUUUCAGCAGUUUUUGUAGUAAAUCUCAGGAAAUUACUGACCAAAUUCAAUGAAAUUUGCACACAAUAUUCCUCAGAUGUAUGUCUUAGGGGUUACAGGGCCAUAUUGCUAUUAUCUUUUGUACAUUUUGAGUUUGGGGUCAAUAUGUUGACCCAUCCCCUAAAAUAUCCGAGUUCAAAUUGUGUCCAGAGGUGUAGCCCAACAUCUCUAUCCAGGGAACAGUUUUCAAAUUUCUGGCUUUGUAACCUCUUUUGCUGUGCUUUAGUUGAUAGCCAUGCCAAAUAUUUAAGUUACCUCUUUUUUAUUUUAGAAGAUUUUCUGAAAAUAAAAUUAGCAAAAAAACGCUGAUUCAGCAUAUUUUUUAUCCUUUUAUGCAAAAAGUGUGAAUGAAAAUGUGAUUUCUACAGUACACAUCCUUCUAUUCCAUCCACCUACACAUGUAUAUCAUGAAUUUUAGGCAAAGAAUCCAUUAACAAGAGAUUUGGUGUCAACCCCCUGCCACCUCUCCU